AUGGAUCCGGAAAAGAACACGCCGCGCCACGACGGCUACCUAGCGCCGGAACCCGACUACAGCAACUAUGACUUCCCGCUCCCGAGCAAGACCGAGAGCGCGGCCCGCGACGGCGCCGCCGCCGCCGUGGGCAACGACCUGAUCCCCUCCGUCUCUAACGCCGUCGCCGGCGCCGGCGGCGACGCCUACGGCCAGGACCGCCUCUACCAACAGGAACCCUACAACAAGGAAGGCGGCGACGGCGACCACCUCGGCCGCGCCGACACGGCCGCCGAGGAGGAGACGUACCCCGAGGGCGGGCUCCGCGCGUGGUCCGUCGUCCUCGGCUCGUGGCUCGCGCUGUUCUCGGCGCUGGGCAUCAUGAACAGCCUGGCCAUCUUCCAGACGUACGUCGCGACGCACCAGCUCGAGGGGUACACCGAGGGGACCAUCGGCUGGAUCUUUUCCGUCUACACCUUCCUGUGCUUCUUCGGGGGCAUCUACAUCGGUCCCGUGUUCGACCAGUACGGCCCGCGCUGGCUCGUGCUGUCCGGGACGGUUUGUCUCGUCCUCGGCGUCAUGCUGCUGAGCAUCUGCACGUUGUACUGGCAUUUCAUGCUCGCCUUCGGCAUCCUCUGCGGCCUCGGCAGCUCCCUCGUCUUCACGCCCUCCAUCGCCGCCGUCGGCCACUGGUUCAAGCGCCGGCGCGGGUUUGCGACGGGCAUGGCCUCGACGGGCGGCUCCAUCGGCGGUAUCGUGUUCCCGCUCAUGAUGCAGUCGCUCUUCCCGCGGAUCGGCUGGGGCUGGACCAUCCGCGCCGUCGGCUUCAUCUGCCUGCUCCUCUGCGGCGCCUCCAACUUCCUCAUCCGCUCGCGCCUGCCGCCCGCGCGCAACGCGAGCCCCCACCCGGACCCGCGCAUCUUCCGCAGCGCCGCCUUCAGCCUCACGACGGCCGGCAUCUUCCUCAUGGAGUUCGCCCUCUUCAUCCCGUUGACGUACAUCUCGAGCUACAUGCUCAGCGAGGGCUUCAGCGAGUCCUUUGCCUUUUCCAUCCUGCCCAUCCUCAACGCCGGGAGCGUCUUCGGCAGAGCCCUGCCCGGCUGGUGGGCCGACAAGGCGGGGCCCUUCAACAGCAAUAUGGUCGCCACCCUGCUCUCCAUCGUCGCGUGUCUGGCCAUCUGGCUGCCGGCGGGCUCGACGACGGCGGGCAUCGUCGUGUUUGCCGUUCUGUUCGGGUUCGCGAGCGGGAACAACAUCAGCAUCAGCCCCGUUUGCGUCGGCCGGCUGUGCAAGACACAGUCCUAUGGACGGUACUACUCGACGACGUACACCGUCGUGUCGAUCGCGUGCCUCAUCGGCAUCCCUAUCGGCGGCGAGAUUGUCACGGCGACGGGCGGGAGGUAUUGGGGUCUCAUCGUCUUCACCGGCCUCGUGUACAUGCUGGCCCUCGCCGCCAUGAUGGCUGCCAAGGCUGUCUGCGUUGGGAAGAAUAUUUGGGGAAUUUUCUAA